GAAAAAGUGAUAAAAAGAAUUCCGGUACUUUCCACACCGCUAUUAAUUUUGUAUUUUAUUAUAAUAAUUUAACUUAUAUAUAACAAAUAAACAAUGGCAAGCCAGUGGGGACAAAAAGCGGAUGAAUUGGAAAUUUCUAAUAAAGUAGCAGGAUUGGAUUUAGUAAAGAAAAAUGAGAAUCAGAGAUCAGAUACAGAUGAUGCACCUGAUGCUGCCAAUCCAGCUGAAGCUUCAUUGUUGAUGAAAAUAAUAAGACAAGGAUUGGUUGAGUCAAAGCUAGAUAUUGAAGUGCAAAGGAAAGACCCGAAUUCUCCAUUAUACUCAGUAAAAACUUUUGAAGCUCUUCAUUUAAAACCAAAUUUACUAAAGGGAGUUUAUGCCUUGGGUUUCAAUGCCCCAUCGAAAAUUCAAGAAACGGCAUUGCCAACACUACUGGCCGAUCCCCCGCAAAACAUGAUUGCUCAAUCCCAGUCAGGAACUGGUAAAACUGCUGCAUUUGUACUUGCUAUGCUUAGCAGAGUAGAUCACACAAAAAAUUAUCCGCAAGUGCUUUGUCUUAGUCCAACAUAUGAAUUAGCAAUACAAACUGGAGAAGUUGCUGCAAAGAUGGCAAAAUUUUGUCCUGAGAUUAAACUUAAAUAUGCUGUCAGAGGUGAAGAAGUGCCUAAAGGAACUAAAAUCACUGAUCACAUAAUUAUCGGGACACCAGGUAAAAUGUUGGACUGGGGUGUCAAAUUUGGAAUGUUUGACUUGAGCAAAAUUAAAGUUUUUGUAUUGGAUGAAGCAGAUGUAAUGAUUGAUCGUCAAGGUCAUCAAGAUCAGUGUAUCAAAAUACAUAAAUGCCUGCCGCCCACUUGUCAAAUGAUGUUCUUCUCAGCCACAUAUGACAGUGCCGUUAUGGGCUUUGCUGAAGUAAUUGUGCCCAAUCCAAUUAUUAUUAGACUGUUAAGAGAAGAAGAAUCUUUAGAUAAUAUUAAGCAGUACUAUGUUAAAUGCAAAAAUUCAGAUGACAAAUACAGAGCUAUUUGUAAUAUUUAUGGAGUCAUUACCAUUGGACAAGCAAUAAUUUUUUGUCAUACCAGAAAAACAGCAGGUUGGCUAUCAGAAAAAAUGUCGAGAGAUGGUCAUUCAGUAGCUGUGCUGUCAGGAGAGCUUACAGUUGAACAGAGGAUAGCAGUGCUGGAUCGCUUCAGAGCUGGCUUAGAAAAAGUUUUGAUCACAACUAAUGUUUUGUCCCGGGGUAUUGAUGUAGAACAAGUUACUCUAGUAGUUAACUUUGAUAUGCCUAUGGACUUAAAUAAAAAAGCAGAUUGUGAAACAUAUUUGCACAGAAUUGGAAGGACAGGUAGAUUUGGAAAGGCAGGCAUAGCAAUAAAUCUAAUUGAUUCAUCUCAGGCAAUGCAAAUUUGUUUAGACAUUGAAGCACACUUUGGCAAGAAGAUCCACCUGUUAGACAUUGAGGAUGCAGAAGAAAUUGAGAAAAUUGGAGCAUAAGUUACCUAUAUUGCAUUUUUAUAUUUUCAUCAACUGUUCCGAACAGAAAUCAAUAGUGCUAUAAUAUCAAACAUUUCAGCAGACUUGAUGCACAUGAAAGUGAUAUCCCUAGAUGAUUAAAGCUUGUUCUCUAUAUUUUGAUAUCGGUCUAAAUAAAAUUAUCUCGAAAGAGUAUUUUUUUAAUAC